AUGGUAAAAACGGAACUCAACCGAGAACAUUUUCGCGCCAUAAUUUAUUACAACUUUCAGAGACAAUUAUCGCAACAAGAAUGCCUCGGUGAGUUACUGUCUGUUUUCGGCAACGAAGCGCCACAUCAUGUUAGCGACGAUUCCAGGGUGGGUGCACCAAAAACGGCAGUCACCCAGGAAAACGUCGAUGCUAUGCGCAAACUCAUGAUUGAAGAUAGACAUGUGACAUAUCGCGAGAUUGAGGCGUCCUUGAGGAUCUCAAAGACCUCCAUUCAAAAAAUUUUACAUGAAGAAUUAGAAGUAAGAAAAUUAGUGUCUCGUCUGAUACCCCACCUGUUGACUGAAGAGCAGGAAGCAGCCAGGGUUAAUUCCGGAAGGAUGGUCGCGACAUUUGUGUCAAAAGCGGGUCAUAUUGCAACAAUUCCUCUUGAGCAAAGAAUUGUUACUGCGGAUUGGUAUACCACCAUUUGUUUGCCAAAAGUCAUCACCGAGCUUCAAAAAAUCAACCCCGAAAGAAGAAUCAUCCUCCACCAAGUCAAUGCAAGCUCGCACACAGCCCAAAAAAGCAAACGGAAGAAAACUCCUAAUGAUUUCUUUACUUUCCCGAAAAUUAAAAAGAGACUGCGUGGUCAAAGGUUCCAGUCACCAGAAGAAGCAGUUGACGCAUUCAAAAAUGCCAUGUGUAUUAAUAUUCGUGGAGAAUAUUUCGAAAAACAAUAA